AUGAUGUUGCUACAUCACCUUGCGCUGCUCAUGUCUUUUACAGCGGCGCACAACCAUCAUCAUGCGGAAACGGAAACACCUGCAGUCCGGACAUUCUUCUACGUCGGAGGUGGCUAUAGUGAAGAUGGCAAGGGUGGUCAUAUAUUCAAGGACCAAAUGUAUGUCGAAAGGUUAACGCCAGUGUUCACCAAACAACAUGAUACGGAUCCUGUUGUUUUGAUCCACGGACAAGCGCAGACGGGCACAAACUUUCUCGUGAAGCCAGACGGAGGGAUAUCAUGGAGUUCUCGAUUCCUUGAGGCUGGCCAUACUGUCUACAUCGUGGAUCAAACCUUCCGCGGACGCUCCGCUUGGGCACCAACAGCUGGUGCUGAUGCGCCGUCGACCUAUUCUGCUGAGCUUAUCCAAGAACGCUUCACUGCUCCACAGCAAUAUCGUCUCUGGCCCCAAUCUACCCUUCACACUCAAUGGCCAGGAACAGGCAUCAUGGGCGAUCCUGUUUUCGACGCUUUCUAUUCCUCCAACGUCCAGUUUAUCUCGAAUGCCACCUAUCAACAAAGCACCAUGCAAGCAGCAGGAGCACAGCUUUUGGACUCGAUCGGCACUCCCGCGUGGUUGCUUGGCCACAGCCAAGGAGGUCUUCUGCCGUUGCUCAUCGCUGAUGCACGGCCCCAUCUCACGAAGGGCCUCCUCUUGGUGGAGCCGACUGGUCCCCCCUUCCAGGAAGCAGUCUUUGGAUCUGCACCAGCGAGGAAAUGGGGCUUGACGGACAUACCGAUGAAUUAUUCGCCUCCGGUCUCUGACCCCGCGAUCGACUUAGUACAACAGGUUUAUCAGCCUACCAACCUGACAAGUGACAAUGCUACUGUUCCUUGCGUGUUGCAAGCAGCCGAGCCAGCCCCGAGACGACUUCCUAAUCUUGCGCCGCUGCCCAUUCUCACCGUUACGUCAGAAGCCAGCUACCACGCGCCGUACGACUACUGCACUGUCAACUUUCUCAAGCAAGCUGGCUGUUCCAAGGCUGAACAUCUUGAGCUUGGAAAAGUCGGCAUUCAUGGUAAUGGGCAUAUGAUGUUUAUGGAGAAGAACAGUGAUGAGAUAUGGGAACGUAUCCAUGAUUGGAUGGGGGCUGCUAAGUAA